CACCCUCUCUCUCCCACCCUCCCUUUCUCUUUCUAAUUGGCUUUCAUUACCAUUUCCUGACUGAGGUCUUUCACUUUUCCCAGACUCCUCAGUUUCGGCAACAGAACACUUUCACCGUGUCCCGUCAGCUGCAUUCACGGCUGUUCCUCUCCUUCUCCACUCCGCUGUUCCACUCAACCUCCACUUCUGGACCUCAACUGGUAAUCCUGCACUUGUCUUUAGUUUGAGAAGUCGCCUAAUGAUGACAUUGCCACAGCUCUGGCUUGUGCCCCUCCUCCUGGUUCUACAGAUCCACCUGUCUGACCUAUUAGAAGACAACAAGAUCCCGCCCAGCCUGUGUUCUGGCCAACCAGGUAUCCCAGGCUCUCCUGGUGUCCACGGCCACCCUGGCUCACCAGGAAGAGAUGGACGGGACGGGCGAGACGCUGCCCCUGGGGAGAAAGGCGAGCGGGGAGACAGGGGAUACUCAGGUGAGACAGGACCCCGAGGGCUGACCGGCGACAGGGGAGACCCGGCGCCGAAGGGUGAGCGGGGGGAGGCGGGGGAAUGCGCCGUCUCCCCCAAGUCCGCCUUCAGUGCCAAAUUAUCUGAGGCUCGCUCCGUGCCCGUUGCCGUGGGCGACGCCGUCCGCUUCGACAGCAUCGUCCUGAACGAGCAGGGAGAUUACAAUGCGGAGACGGGCCGCUUCACCACCAAAGUCCCAGGGGUGUACUACUUCUCCGUCCACGCCACCGUCUACCGCGCCAGUCUGCAGUUUGAUCUGAUGAAGAACGGCCACGCGAUGGCGUCCUACUUCCAGUUCUACGGUAACUGGCCGAAGCCGGCCUCGCUGUCCGGCGGCUCGAUGCUGCACCUCGUCCCGGGGGACCAGGUGUGGGUCCAGAUGGCGCUGGGAGAGUACAGCGGAAUCUACUCCAGCUCCAAGACCGACAGUACCUUCUCUGGGUUCCUGAUCUACUCAGACUGGAAACACUCACCUGUGUUUGCAAAGUAAAGAAAUGUGUCAUGGUGAAUACCGUCAGUCCUAACUGACGUUCCUGGACGUUAAAAAAAUAUUACAAAGUUAUGCAAGUGAUGAUAAUAACCACAGGCGCAGCGCUAGGUUACUGUAAUGGUGGAUGGUCAGAGAUGCAUAGCGCCCUAAUUUGGAGAGCAGCUGCUAGCUUUGUUUAGUCUGUCUGUCUGUCAGACUGUUUGUUUACCUUCCUGCCUGCCUGUCUACCUGCCUGCCUGCCUGCCUGCCUGUCUGCAUUCCAGGUGAGUAACCAACUAACUUUCCUACCAGAUGUUCUGACGACGGCCUGAACCCUCCCUUGUCCUCCCACAGCACCCCUGACCCAGGCCUUAACAUGUCAUCAUACUAACAACCCUGUAAAUCCUAGCGUGUCACCCACCAGUUAUGUCAAUAAAUAAAAAUGUUCCGCUUUCA